AUGUCUAUUCAAACUGGCGGUUUACUUAAGAUCAGCACAAUUCCAUUAUCUGAAAUUCGUCGUCCUAUAGCUCCUGUCUUGGAUCAUCAGAAGAUCGAUGCCAUGGUCUCGACUCUCAAGGGACUGCCCGAGGCCAGCAAAACUUGCACAAAGGAGGAAGCUGCAGCGAUGGAUUCUCAACUACCACCAAUUGACGUUUUAUGUGUUCGUGAUCAGGGCAAAACUUACUAUUUCGCAUUUGGUGGAUGUCAUCGGUUCCAAGCUUACGAUAGAAUUAGUCAAGAGUCCGGUCGUGAUGUUCAAGUGCGAUGCAAAUUGAUUCCAGCUACCCGAAGCCAGUUAAGCUUAUAUGUGGGUAGCUCAUUAGACGAUAUGUUUGAUUGA